CUUCUUUGAUUAAGAAGUCCCCCAAUCUACUCUUUAUGUUCAUAAGCAGUAAACAUUUGAGGGCGCAACAAAGCGGUGUAUUUAAGAAACAAUGAUCGGGCGGUUGAGCCUCUCAGUACUAAUGAGGAGGGCGGAGGGCGAGUUUUGGCGGCAACUGUCGCCGACAUUCCGAGGAGCUAAGCGCGGGAAUCAAUAAAGGAUUUCUGGCGGCGUGCCCACGCAUGUGCGUCGCGCCCGCGGCCGCCCUCUGACACCUACCACCGAGCUCAAACUACUACACCAACGAAUGCCAGCUAUUAAUACCUCUUAUUAUAUGACGGCGAAGGGAUGAACCGCAUACGUGGCGAAUAUCGCUCACACCGGCUAGGUCGCUGACCAUAACCUCCGCGAAUAAAUCUCUGUAGUAAGUAGUAGGCUGCGUUAUUGGGCGUAUGAUUGGUGCGCAGCGGCAGUGCGGCGCCGGGGCGCGGGGCGGGGGCGGGGGCGGCGGCGGCGCGCGGCGGCAGAGCCCGGUGGCGCGUCGAGGCAGCCUCCCGUCGCGCGAGACCUGACCGCCAGGGUUGAGGAGUUGCAGUGCAGUUCGAUGAGGACGGUGCAGUGUGGGUAGUGCAGUGUGUGAUGUCGGAGCCAUGAGGCGCGCCGCGAUGCUGGCGCUGCUGCCGCUGCUGGCCGCGCUCGGGGCCGCCAACCAGCUCGAGGAUAUCCCACAUAAUGAAGUGAAAAAUUGGGCGCUAAAGUUUGGCGUUGACCUGUGGGAGUUUGGGAGGCAUUUUACGAAGAUGAAUCAAAUUCAAAAUAAGUUCCACGAGUACAACGUGGAGGUGGCGCGCAAGGACGGGCUGCUGCUGGUGCGCGAGCUGGCGGCCGAGGUCAAGAACCACAUGGACUUCAAGAUGAACGCCGUCAUGCGUAUAAUGGACUCGGCCGAGGCGGCUGCGCUAUCCUCCUCCGGGGGUUCCGACGGCAGCCCCGGCUCGUACUACGACGCGCGCUGGCUGAACGUGCACUCCGACGACGGAACCCUGGCCGCCCGCGCGCGCCGCCUCAUGCUGGCCCCCAGCCGCCACUUCGACCAUAUUGCAGUGAAUACGAGCUAUAGUGCCGUGCUGAUGCCCCCGUUUAUUGAUGUCGAUGAUCCGGAGGUGCAGAAUCAAAUUGGAUGGUCGGAACACUUGGAUCCACUUUUCGUGAAUAAUUACGAAAUCGACCCGACACUGUCGUGGCAGUACUACGCCUCUUCGAAAGGCUUCAUGAGGCGGUAUCCAGCAAUGUCGUGGCCCCCCGAAGACGGCUACUCGCACCACGCUCGUGACUUCUACGACUACCGCUCCUCCAACUGGUUCGUGGAAGCGGCAACGUCGCCUAAAGACCUGGUGAUCUUACUGGAUGAUUCUGAUGACCUAGGGUCUUCAUACUGGAGGAUGGCCAAGGCUACCGUCUCUGGAAUAUUGGACACGUUGGGCCCGAAUGACUUUGUCAAUGUGUAUCGAUACAGCGAUGCCGUUUCGGAAAUCAAUCCGUGUUAUACGAAGAUAUUGGCUCAGGCUCUCCCGGAGACGAUCCGUGAGCUGAAGACAGCGCUAUGGGCGGCGGAGGCCACGGGGGGCGCCGCCAACCUCACCGGCGCGCUCACCACCGCCUUCGAGAUACUGCAUCGGUACAACCGCACGGGCCAAGGCUGUCAGUGCAACCAGGCGAUCGCGAUCGUGGGCGCGGGCGGCGGCGCGGGCGGCGUCAAGGCUGUCUUCAGGACGUGGAACUGGCCCCACAUGCCGGUCCGGAUCUUUACGUACCGAGUAGGCGGUGAUGCUGCUGCUGGGCACAAUCUGAAGGAUAUGGCGUGCACGAAUAAAGGCUUCCACGUGUCGAUAAACGAGCACUCUGAGAUCCGCGCGAAGGCGCUGCACCUGGUGGAGGUGCUGGCGCGGCCGCUCGUCAUGUACCAGACCGCGCACCCCGCGCACUGGAGCCCCGCCUACGUGGGCGGCAGGAGUAGCAGCCUGGCUGACGACGGGAUGGGCCAGCUCAUGACGUCAGUCACAGUGCCGAUCUUCGACAGGCGCAAUCAUACGCAACGGGAAGCGAAUCUAUUGGGCGUUGUGGGGACCGAUGUGCCUGUCGAUCAAAUAAAGAAGCUCGUGCCACCUUAUAAGCUUGGUGUGAACGGGUAUUCGUUCAUGGUGGACAACAACGGGCAUGUAUUGUAUCAUCCAGAUUUGAGGCCACUGCACACCAACGAGGAAUACACCGAGACGCUCCGUCCGCUGUACUCCAGCGUGGACGUGACAGACGUGGAGCUUCUGGUGGACUCCGACGAGAACUCCAGAGUUAACCUCACCUCGCUGCUGCUCGAUCUCCGCCACGACAUGAUCGAACAGCGCGAGGGCGAGACCGAGAUCGGCGUGAAAGUCCAAUACGACAACAUGCGGCGCGUGGCGACUCGCAGACAGCGGUACUUCUACGCGCCAGUGGAGGGGACGCCGUACUCGCUGGCCGUGGUGCUGCCGGACGGGUACGGCAUGUACGACCUGUUGGCCGAGCAGGAGGUCAAGCAUAGCAAUGUUAAUGUAACCGAAUUCUUCAAAGGCGAUAACUGGAAAAUACAUCCUGACUGGGUAUACUGCGAGUACGCAUCCACCUCGGACCAGAGCUUCAACAGCGCCGAGGAGCAGCUGCUGCACUUUCUGUCGCGCGCCGGGCGGCCCGGCUGGAAGUGGAUGUCGCUGCGCCCGCGCGCGCUCUCCAUGCACCAGGCGCACAAGAAGCAGGACAGGGACUCUUACUUUUGUGACAAAACUUUAGUGCAAUCAUUGAUCAGGGACGCAAUGGUAAUCAAAGAAUUGGACGCUCACACGGGACACGCCUCGCAUCACUCACACCCGAUAGCAACUUUAAUGGCACUUCUUACAAGACAAGGGCGGUUCCACAAGUUCCAGGUGACGAUGUCGUUCGUGGCGACUCGCAGCGGACUGCUCAAGUGGACCGACAACAACAGCUCACGGACCACCGAUAGCGCAGAACCCCACUUCAGCGAAAAGCACGCGCGCGCCUUCGACUCAGAAUGGUACCGGCGCGCCGUGGAGCACCACUCCAUCGAGCCGGAGAGCUUCGUGUUCUCCGUGCCCUUCCGCGACGGCGCCGAGGCGGACCCGGCCCGGCCCCCGCUCGUGUUGGCUACGCAUGCCGUGUUUGUGGAGGCGAGGGGGCAUAGAGCGCCUGCUGCGGUUGUCGGCAUGCAUUUUCAACUGGAUUCUCUGACGAAGCACUUUCUGAAUGUUACUUCUACGUGCACGGCCGGCACCUCAUGCAAGAAGACCUGCGCAGGCGACGAGCUCGACUGCUACAUCCUCGACGACAACGGCUUCAUCAUCCUGUCGGAGGACGCAUCUCAGACCGGCCUGUUCUUCGGCCAGGUGGACGGCACCAUCAUGGACUCGCUGGUGCAGGACCGCAUCUACAAGAAGGUCACGGUGCAUGACCACCAGGGCAGGUGUCCGGACUCCAGGAGCCCGUUUAGCGGUGAUGGGCAUAAGUUGAGCCCAAUGAGACCCAUGGCGUGGCUGGGCGGCUACCUGACGAACCUCAUCGCGGUGUGGUUCCCGCUGUGGGACUCAGUCAGGGCGCGCGCUCACCCCUACAACGAAGAAGAACUUGACUACGAGGACUACGAAGGCGAGGACUCAGACGACACGUCGGAGGCGGGCGAGCGCGACCGCGGCACGUACGAGAUCAUCAUCGACGGGCUCGGACAGGACAAGGAGCCGCGCGCCGACUCGCCCAGCAUGCCGCCCGGGCCGCCCAGGGAGCCGCCACGCGAGGCGGUGCGCUCGGCGGCCGUGCGUCCGUGCGACACGAGCGCGGAGCUGUUCACGCUGCAGUCCGCCAGGCUCAACGCACAGCAACCGCUGAAGGGGAAGCUUACCAACUGCCAUAACUCCGGCUGUGAGAGGCCAUUCAGCGUCCAGAAGGUCCCCCACAGUAACCUGAUCCUGCUGGUGGUAGACACGCUGUGCCCGUGCGGGGCCAAGCGCCUGGACGUGCGUGCCAGAGAGGCGCCGGCGCGAGCCGCCUGCCGCCGCCCGCCGCCGCACCGCCGCCGCCCCGCCGCCUGCGUCUCUUACCAUCCGGAGGAGAUUGAGAUCCUGUCUUGCGGGCGCGGGCACAGCUUGCGGCCGCUGCACGCUAUCCUCGCCACCCUGGCCCUCUGGCUGCUGCUCGCCACGUGACUGCCAGGGGGCGCCACCACCCACUAACCACCCGGCCAGCCCGGCUCUGACCGUACCGUGUGAUAAACGUACUAAGUAAGAAACACGACAUAUUUUUAUUGUAGGGUUUUUUAUCGGCAGUCUUUUGUAUAGCGGUUUACGGCACGUUCCCGAUUCGAGAAGACGUGCUAUCGAGGCAUAGCCUACAGUUAGAAGCCAUUUAGAAUUCUCGAAGCGGGAACGGACUGAAAAAGUGAGUAUUGUUCUACAUUCGAUGUUUAUCACAACUAACGGUCGGAGGUAAAUAAUGAAGAGUCGUGUGUAGAGGACAGUUGCGGUGAGGUCACUCAAAGGGCGCAUCUCCCAUUAGCGCAGUGUGAAUUCGAAGAUUUUAAUCGAUUUUACCGACUGAAGUUUUGGUCCGACCAAAUGAACUUUUGAUCUUGUUUCGAGACAGGACGUUUAUCCGAACUAGGUUAUGAUAAUAACUAAAUAUUACCCCUCUCGAUUAAGUUAUCACUUUCAUAUUGUAUUAAUAAACAACAGUUGCGUAAAUUAAACAAAUAGGUAGGUAAUGAAUAUCUUGUUAAAUCUAAAUUGAGAAUUAUCACACUUGAAAAUUUAACAAACUAUAGGAAAUGUUAAUAGGUAUUCAAAUACUAAUGUAAAAUAAAAAUAACAUUAAAAACUGUUUUAGAAAAAUUUACCUAUGUUAAACCUAUAAAUUUAUUUCUCGAUUACACAUUCUAUCGCAGAUUUAUUGAAUAGUUGCAUAGAUGUAAAUAAAGACGGUUUUAUUUUUAGGCAAUUUACUUUUUAAUGUGGUGUGCACUGUAUUGCAUCUUGGUGUCGUUUCACACAGUCUUCCUACAUAUCUCUUUUGCUGACUGUACGUAAGGCUCGGUAUAGGCCACGCUAGUUUUAAUUAUAAACUUGACUAAGAGACUUCCUAAACCACUCACAUGGUAAGUACCUAUGAUCCGCCUUUACCGUACUUUAUUUCACAAGUACUCUCUUUUCGAAGCAGAAAUAAUGCUUAUCAUAAGACAUAAUAAAAAAGUUUCAUGAGCAAGCAUAUACAAUGAUAAAUCAUCGUGAAAUAAUAAUAAGUCCAUUAAUAACUUAUUUCAGGAUCGGGAUUAAAUAUUACAUUACCACAACCCGUGAUAACCAAAAGUAAGGAGUCUUUAUGCUGGGAUUUAUUACAUGCUCCACAAAUAUAAAAAGUUCUAAAUCUAAAUAAAGGAUCUAGUCGAACCACGUGGAUGUUUAAGGUUUUCUGUCCGGCGCAAAAUACUCGCUACGUGUUGAAUGUGCAAUUCUUUUUUGUUUAAUGUAACUUAAGUUUCUUCACACAAAAUUCAGAAGCCAAGAAACAAAUGAGAAUUACACAGUUAAAUCCGUGGCAUUUCCAUUCUAGUUCUUAGUACAUUUUUCGCCUAAUCUUCGAAUAAUGCUGUAUUUUGAAAACUGUAAACAGUUAAUGUUCUUUUAUUGUAAAUAUUUUAAAUAUAUUAAUGGCCUAUAAGAAUUAGAAGGGGUGUUGCUAACAUUAAGUCGUUAAAGUAAUUAAAUAUCGACAUUUAUUUCAAUUUAUUUGGAACUGUGUGUUAAAUCGUUUGUAUGUCGUUUGAGUUAGACCGUGAUGGCUAUCUUCCAUUGUGGCUUAAUUUCUAUUUGUAGUCGUGUCAUAUUAUAUAAGUCUAAAAAGAAAUUUAUUACUAAAACAUUGUUUAUACCUAAUCUAAAUGUGAAUGUUAAGAAUCGUUCGGAACAUACCCAUAAGUUUGGAAACCAUAUCGGAUUACCUAGUCAUACCUUCUAGCGUGCUAUUGUCCCGUAAAUAGAAAAAUAUAUAGAGUAUAUAAACGUUUGAAAUAGUACAAAAAAAGUAAUAAACAAAACGACACAUAUCAAGUGCCAAACACUGUCUUUCAAGUUUCGUUCCAUAUCACGCACAAGCAAUAGCCGGGCCUAACAAGGGACCUACACCUCAUGUACAAACAAAUAUAAGGGCAAUAGCAAGCCUAGAAAUAUAUCUUUUAUCAUAAUAACUACAUAACUUUUAAUAAUCAUUAGAAGAAAGUGCUCUACGCUCGCUUACAAAAGGUAUAAUCGGUAACUUUUGUAAGCCAGACUGUAUUUAUACGAUGCCUUUGACAAGUAAUAAAAUAGUGUCGUCUCAUAACCACAUAUCGUUGUAACAGUUUACAUAAUCGCCGUCAGGGGUGUCGCGGAAAGCUUUCAGAAAGUGUACAUUUUGUAAAAUAAUACGGUAAGGUAUUGUUUUAAUGGUGUAGAGUGUGAUGAGCGAUCGACUGGUCAAGUAUUGAAAGUGCUUACUGUAAGCAUCAAGUCUUCCAUAGCAGUCGGGAGCGGAUUGUGUACUAUUAUAUUGUCUAAGUAUUAAGCGAUAAUAACAUAGCGUAUACUUAGUAUAGAAGGGGCUGGUGUGUUGUACUCGGGUUUCGUUCGGUCAUUGAGUUAUUUAUACAUAGACACAAGACGUUUCUUCCUUCGGUUACGCGGAUUAGUUAGACAAAUAGUACGUUUCGUAUUCAUUUCUCAAACAUAUCAAUUCAGGCACCAAACAAAGUAUAGUUUAAGGAAUAGUUUUCUUCAAAUUGUGAUUUUCCUCUAUGUUAAGACGUGUAUGUGCAAUAAUUUUUUUACGGGUGUGUGGAACAGUGAUUUCAAAAGUGCGUUGUUAAGAUUUGUCGGUGUAAAUUUUUCUAUGGAAGUGGAAAGCUAAAUUUUAGAAUUUAUUAAAUAUAAAUCUCACUGUCGGUCAUUCCCUUGUUAAAGCUUUUAGGUAUUAAUUAAUUAUCAAAAUUCAAGAAAAAUUUAGAAUAAAUUUAAGCGAAAUCGAAUUUUGACGUCACUGUUGGCCGUUUAGUUAAUUUGAUUAGUUAUUGUUUUUGAAGAUAUUCUAGGUGUAUGUUUGGGCUCUGCCACCUCUGUGAACAUGGUUCUCUAGUGUAAUUCUAGUCAAUACUGUUCUUUUGUUACUUGCCAGUUCAUGCUAUAGAUAUACCAUAAUUACAACAAUAAAGUUCUCUUAUAACAUUGUGA